CUGUAUUUUCCGCCAUGCCUGCGCACGCCUCUUCUUCCAUCCCAUUCAAACUCGUCGCGUCACCGUAUCCCAAUCUCUAUCCUUUCACAAAUCCCAAGACUUGGCUGAUUCUUUCUUCUCCUUCCAUGGGCUCCAUUUCAUUUCCAUUUCCCAGUUCAUGAGUUCCAAAUAUUUAAUCAUCUGAUCCCUUUAUCUCUGUCUUUCCCCCCCUGCUUUACGCCAUUGUUUUAGCGGCAAAGCAAAUCCAAUUAGUCCUACAAAUCUGGAGCCCCUGGAUUCCAUUUCUCUCACCAAGUCUUGGGAUUCCGUUGCUUUCUCUCGCUGUCGAUCCCUCCAUUUCUUCCAAUUUCUUCACGGGGUUUAGGGUUCGGUCAGCUGGAUCUUGGGAUUUGGCGGGUGGGUUCUGAUCAUCAUUUAUUUCAUAAUUCGCCGAUGGAAUAGGUUCGUUUGUUUGAUCUCCUGCAUGCCCAUUUGUUCAAUCGGCCAACCUCUUCUUCAAUUUCCAGGCUUUUAAGGGUACAUGAUUUGAUGAACAUUGCCAUUAAAGACCAGUUUCAGCUCAUUGAUGUUUUCGCCUGUGUCUGAAUUAGGAUUGUCUGCUUGUUAGAGGGCAUCUGAAAAGUUCUCUAAUUUCGAUCUCUUAGGUUUGCCAUCGAUUUGAACCCUUUUGAUUAUUGCUUCCGUUGUUGAAUUGAUUACCCGUUUAAUCAUAUUCUGAGAUUGAUAUAGCGAGCAAAACAAUUCCCAGAAAGGAAAGCUUUUUGAACCUUAGGAAUGGACAUAAGCAAUGAAGCCUCCGUUGAUCUUUUCCCGAUUGGACCAUCCUCCAUCCUUGGUAGGACCAUUGCCUUCCGAGUUUUGUUUUGCAAGUCAAUAGGUAGCUUAAGAAAUCAAAUUUUCCAUCUGUUGUUGAAGUACAUCUAUAGAUUUAGGGACUUUCUGGGGCCCAUGUUGUCAUGGUUGCAUCCCAGGAACCCACAGUGGAUACUGGCUAUGGUGACAAUCAUAGCAUUUCUGUUGAAGCGAUACACGAAUGUGAAAAUGAGGGCCGAGAUGGCCUAUAGGAGGAAGUUCUGGAGGAAUAUGAUGAGAUCUGCUCUGACUCAUGAGGAGUGGGCUCAUGCUGCUAAGAUGCUCGAUAAGGAGACCCCAAAGCUGAAUGAAUCGGGCUUUUAUGAUGAAGAAUUGGUACGGAACAAGCUUCAAGAGCUGCUCCACCGUCGUCAGGAGGGAUCGCUAAGGGAUAUCAUGUUCUUCAUGAGAGCUGAUCUCAUAAGGAAUCUUGGCAACAUGUGCAAUCCGGAGCUUCACAAGGGUAGGCUUCAUGUUCCCAGGCUCAUAAAGGACUAUAUCGAUGAGGUAUCCACUCAGUUGAGAAUGGUUUGUGACUCGGACUCUGAGGAGCUUUCUCUUGAAGAAAAGCUGUCUUUUAUGCAUGAAACCAGACAUGCGUUUGGAAGGACAGCUUUGCUUCUGAGUGGAGGUGCUUCCCUUGGAGCCUUUCAUGGUGGUGUUGUCAAAACCCUGGUGGAACAUAAGCUCUUGCCACGUAUAAUUGCUGGUUCUAGUGUGGGAUCGAUUAUGUGUUCGAUGGUGGCUACUAGGUCCUGGCCAGAGUUGCAAAGUUUCUUUGAGGAUUCAAUGCAGUCAUUGCAGUUCUUUGAUCAGUUGGGUGGGAUUUUUUCGAUUGUGAAGAGAGUCAUGAUACAGGGGGCUGUUCAUGACAUCCGUCAGUUGCAAUGGAUGUUGAGGAAUUUAACGAGUAACCUGACAUUUCAGGAAGCUUUUGAUAUGACAGGUCGAAUUCUCGGAAUUACAGUUUGCUCCCCAAGGAAGCAUGAACCACCGAGAUGCCUCAACUACCUAAACUCCCCUCAUGUUGUCAUAUGGAGUGCUGUAACUGCUUCUUGUGCCUUUCCUGGGCUCUUCGAGGCCCAGGAACUGAUGGCGAAGGACAGAAGUGGAGAAAUUGUUCCAUAUCACCCACCAUUUAAUCUUGGUCCAGACGAAAAGUCAGGCACAUCGGCUCGUCGAUGGAGGGAUGGUAGCUUAGAGAUUGACUUACCAAUGAUGCAGUUGAAGGAGCUAUUCAAUGUGAAUCAUUUUAUUGUGAGCCAGGCAAACCCUCAUAUUGCACCGUUAUUGAGAAUGAAGGAAAUUGUUCGGGCUUAUGGAGGCAACUUUGCAGCCAAGCUUGCUCAUCUUACUGAGAUGGAGGUGAAACAUAGAUGCAACCAGGUACUAGAACUUGGCUUCCCAUUGGGAGGCCUCCCCAAACUCUUCGCUCAAGAUUGGGAGGGUGAUGUCACUGUCGUUAUGCCGGCAACACUCGCUCAGUACUCGAAAAUCAUACAAAAUCCAACACACGUGGAGCUUCAGAAGGCGGUCAACCAAGGGAGAAGGGGAACAUGGGAGAAGCUCUCUGCCAUAAAAGCAAACUGCGGCAUCGAGCUUGCUCUCGACGAGUGUGUCGCUAUUCUCAACCACAUGCGCCGGCUCAAACGGAGCGCCGAGAGAGCUGCUGCUGCUUCCCACGGCCUCCCCCCCACCGCAGCUGGCAGCAACAACACAGUCAGGUUCAACGCUUCCAAAAGGAUUCCUUCAUGGAACUGCAUUGCCCGGGAGAACUCCACAGGAUCGCUUGAGGACUUCCUGAUAGAUGUCGCCAACUCGUUCCAACAAUCCAUUGGUGGAGGAAGAAAGCAUCGAGAUGGAAGCGACAGCGAGUCAGAGACCAAUAACGACGUGCAUUCUUGGACCAGAUCCGGUGGGCCACUGAUGAGGACUUCUUCCGCGGACUUGUUCGUGGAUUUCGUCCAGAAUCUCGAUGCAGAUUCUGAGAUGGGACGAGGGUUGAUGACGGGGUACCCCAACUCUCCAGGAGCUCAGGUUGGAAUGAGGGAGUCUUAUACUGUCCAUACCUCCCCCAACUCCCCAAGUGCACAGGUCGGAACGAGGGAUCCUUACACUAACCAGACCUCACCCAGGGACACAGCGUCGACCAGUGGCUCGAGCAUAACGGUAACUGAAGGUGAUGUCAUACAUCCCGAAAGGAUUCAUAACGGGUUUGUGUUGAAUGUGGUGAAGAAGGAAGACGUGGAGACGAGGUGUCAAAGGCCUCAUAGUCAGGGAACUUGUGGAACUGAUGUUCCUGAAUCUGUUAUGCUCGAUUGUCCUGAGAAAGAUACGGAUGCCAGCUCGGCGUCUGAAUAUGCUGCUGAUAACGACGACGAUGGUAGUCCAGCGGACGAUGAAGCUUCACCUACUGGUGAUGCUGAUGAAUCUAGGGUCCCUGGGCAUAGCCGAGAUUUGGUUGAUGCCUAAGUUUUGGACGAGAUGGACAGAAGCUUGGGAGCUGAAUCUUCUAGUCUGGAAAUUGCAGGAAACGGAGGCACUAUGAUGCAUUCUUAGAUCAAGCUUGAUAGGCUUUUAUGUAUAUCUUUCGCAUUGCCAAAUCUAUUGGUUUCACAGUGUUGCCUGUAUUAUAAAUUCGUUGAUAUAAUAAUAAUAUUAUUACAUAGCAGACAAGAAAUGGCGUCUUAUUCAGAGAGAUUUCAUCGUUGGAGCAAACAUCAAGUCUGUGGAUGCCCGUAUUUUGUAACCAUGGUGCAAAUCCAACAAAAAGGACCAUUCUGUGUCAACAUAGUUCAUAAUCGGACGGAAUAAUGAUCAAAUCAAUC